AGAAAGCGCGUCAUUCCGAGCGAAGCUGGCUAGUGGCGCUGCAGGUACACGAGCAGACCAUCUGCACGCAAGCUCGUCCAUCUGGCGUACCCGGUUGCGUGGAUCCGUUGAACAGGCGACGACGACGACGCUGUGCUGGCUACGUCCCUCGUCGCCCACGUGUCUCGAGACUUCCAAGACAACUUUGUGCGCUCGCCGAUCGUGUUCCAUAUGUGGCCGUAUUCAAACUGUCCGCCCAUCUACUUCAAGAGGCAACCGUUCUACGAUCUCCAGGCCACACUGCUGCCGGCGACGCCCCUGAAGAGCGAAACCCAUCAAGAGCGGUGCUACAGGUGUCUCGAGUUCCAGUUCCUGCCGGUUCACGCGAGGCAAAUCUUCACGUUGCUGUCGCGUGACACGUGGACGCAUUCGGAGUUGGCUGUGCAAGUGCACCUCCGUUUAUGCUCAAACAACGGGCGCGACGAACUGGAGGACAGCUACCCGGCCAAUUUGAAGGUGACUGUGAACGAUCGGGCUUGCUUAUUGCCGGCGCCUGUUUCUGUACAGGCGCCCGGUGGUACGACAGUGCGCGCAUGUUUGCCCGUCGACAUCCUCCGUUUCUGCUUUCUGUGUCCUGGCGUAAGAAACAAGAUUUCGCUGAGCUGGCAGCACGAGAACGACCGCGAGUACUUCGUCGGCGUGUUCCUCGUUCGGAGACAAUCGGUGGCCACGAUUCUUCGCGAACUGCAACUAAAAAGAAUUGCGCCGGGCAUGACCCAGACCAAACAGCUGAUCAAUGCGAAGGAGCGAGCAAGCGGUGGCGACGACAUCGAGGUGACGAGCGUUCACGCUUCUCUCACGUGCCCCUUGAGCAAGAAACGAAUGAGCUACCCGUGUCGCGCGCUGAGGUGCAAGCACAUUCAGUGCUUCGACGCGCUGAGCUACUUGCUGAGCAACGAGAUGCGGCCCACGUGGAUGUGUCCCGUGUGCGGCGAGCGGGCUGCGUUCUCGUCGCUGGUCAUAGACCGCCUUUUCAUGUGGAUUCUCGUGAACGCGCCCGCUGACUGCGACACCGUCGUUAUCUACAAUGACGGCUCCUGGGCCCCAUCGGCGUGCCGAAAAGAUGACGACCAAGCUGGCAAUGCUUCAUCGACUGGGAACCUGCUGGAGCCUUCAUCGUCCUCGCCAAAUUGGGGCUGGAUGGGGCCUCCAUCGUCAUCGUCUAACUGGGGCUGGCCGGGGCCUCCAUCGUCAUCGUCUAACUGGGGCUGGCCGGGGCCUUCAUCGUCCUCGUCUAACUGGGGCUGGCGGGGGCCUUCAUCGUCUUCGUCCGAUUGGGGCUGGCUGGGGCCUUCAUCGUCGUCGUAUAAUGGGAGUUGGCUGGGCCCAUCAUCUUCCUCGUCUAAUGGGGGCUGGCUGGGGCCUUCAUCGUCCUCGUCUAACUGGGGCUGGCUGGGGCCUCCAUCGUCCUCGUCUAACUGGGGCUGGCUGGGGCCUCCAUCGUCCUCGUCUAAUUGGGGCUGGCUGGGGCCUUCAUCGUCCUCGCCUAAUGGGGGCUGGCUGGAGCCUUCACCGUCAUCGCCUAAUGGGAGCUUGCAAGAGCCUUCAUCGUCCUCGCCUAACGAGCAGAACGGGUGGUUUGAGUGCUACGACGAUAUUUAUUGGUUUACCGAUGGAAGCCAUAGCCGUACCGAAGACAGCGUUAACGAGCCGAAGGGUGGCGAUGCUGAAGUCGGUCUUCCGUUGGAGCCAGCAAGUACUGGUCAGUGACUCUGUUGCAAGUAUUUGUCCAUAUUUGCCUAUAGUCGACUCCAUUGAUGUAUAACCAGGGCCGAAAUGGGUUGAAGUCGAGAACACGGAUGAAUUUAACUUGCGCGGAAUUGUGUCCAGAAUGGUAUUGCCUGCUCGCCUUGUUUCAAGCUCUUCAGCAGUCCUUUAGAGGGCCCUUUCUAAUCGCGUGCGCUUGCAACAAGCGCAUUGUGAAUUGUCUGGAAGCACUCACUGACUUUCAUUUGUUAUAUAAAUGUUUUUGUCCUACCGCAAGGUUCUAA